AUGGAGCGACAGAAACGAUACGAAGUGGCUCUUUUAAUUAUAUACUUGGUUGCUACACUGGUGGUGGGUACUAAUGCAGAAGGAGAUUCUUGUCGAAUGGGGCAGCGAUAUCCUGGCGAAAUGGUCAAUAUCGCACAGGCCAAGGAAAACGCCAAGCAAGAUAACGGAAUUGUUACUGUCCCUAAGGGAUCUACCGUGAACUCUUCCUUACAGUGUGAGCAAGGUUGCUGCAGUUAUGAUAACUGCACAGUUUACCUGUUUUACCCUCGACCACCAACACUUGGCGAGGACAAAAAAUUUAACUGUUUCUACCUCAACUGUCGGCCUCAAGAGUUGUGCUCUAAGGCCUUUGUUAACGUGAGCGAUAAAGCGGAGGGAUCUGUGGUUGGGAUCCGAGAUCUGCAACAAGGUAAAUGAGCUGGUGCCUGUAGAAUUACCCAAUUCUUCGUAUGCACAGGACAGUACGUGCGAGGGUAGGAUAGCGUAACAAGUUCAUAGUUUUGUGUCGAUCCACAUGAUGACAUUUACACCACAACUUAUAUAUAAUAUUAUUAAAUUUUCAGCCUCGUAUUAUGUUGCUACUCUUGGAUCUACAGUUAUUUAGUUCCAUGUUCUGGUCGCUAAUUAUUGGUACGGGGUUGAUACAUCAUUGCACGGUCAUAUUAGUCGUAUCGUUUCAAAACAUAUUCAGAUCAUUCUUACUGUUAACAAUUCAAGCAAAGCGUUAACAGGCCGUGGUAACUUGAGGGAUACAAAUUAAAGUAAAUUCCCUUUAAAUGAAGAUCAAGAAGGAAGGAGGAUGUGGUAAUAACAGUUGAAACAAGGGAUUAUAUUCGUAGUUAUACCCAAUUUAUUAAUGAAUUGUCCAAUUAAUUGUUGCAUCUUACUAUGCUAUGCAACAAUUCUUAACCAAUUCAAUUGAUAUAAUUUUCUUUGAAUUUCCUGUCACAUGAUCUCCUGUUUGCUUUGUAGGAAAUUAACACUAUUUUCUAACAUCAAAUUUGAAUUACUUUUGUUUUCAAGCAACCAUUUUCUAUCAUUUGAUUAUUAUUAUGUGUGGCAGGGAAUUGUUGUUCAAUGGUUGUUUUUUGUUCAACUGGUCAGACUUUUAUUAAAACAAGGAGCUUGAAGAGAAAAUGCACAAAUAUACAAAUUUUUACUGCACAGCUGGUGUUACCAAGGUGACUGGGAAAAACGUCAGCUUUUUUACUCUUUACAGUGGCCAAUUUAUGUUUUCAACUCAGUUUUUAACACAAAAUUACCUGACUGGAAAACAGCUAACCAAUCAAAUCACACAAUACAGUUGAUUAACCAAUCAUUGUACAGAAUCAAAGCAAGCAAAACUAGGGAACUUUUCCCUUUCAAGUUUGUUUUGCAUUGAUGGUUUUCAAUCCAAUUAUGCUUGAUUCAAUCAACUUUGGCUGCUUGCAUUCUUUGUAAUUGGUGAUAUGAUUAGUAAGUUUUAUUGAUACAGUCCUGGUAACCUUAGCAACACUGUGAAAAAAUACAUUUGGGGGAUUUGAAAUGUUUUGCUUUAGAGCGAAAGACUUGAUUGUUACAUGUUGCUCAUUCCCACUCUCUAAUGUUCAGUGGCACAUUAUGAUAAAUAGUAUAUGACUACAGAAUAAACUAGGAACAGGACAUAAGGUAGAUUUAAGUGAAGAUAAACCAGCAACCAUUUGUUUAAAUUCAUAUUAUGAUAUGUGGCAUGAAAUUGAUGUUUUAUCAUGCCACUCGUAAUAAUUAUCAAUAAAACAAAAGUAGUUGCACAGACUAGAUUGCAUAGAAGGAAGCUUGUAAUACCCUUUGAAGCAAAAUUCAAGAUUUAAAUCUUGAGUCAUCAAAGACUUGAGAUGUUGGACUGAAAGCCCUUUUAAGCCUUAGACUGAAAGUAUUUUUGCAUUAAAAUCUCUUUGAAGAGAGACUGCCUUUUUAAAUAAUAAUAUUGGCAUAAAAUGUUUUGAAUAUGAGUUUCUUCUGACUUUCAGAUAAUGCAGUUAUACUUCAAGCAGAUGGAAAAGCACUAAAAGAUGUGUCCACAGAAAAACCAGCUUCUGAAGUGACAAGUGCAACUACUGAUCAGUCACAUGCUGAUGUUUCAUCUGUAAAGGUGACUAUUGCAGCCUAACAAUGAUUAUUAUGAUAUCAUGCAAUUUUUUUUUAUUUGAUAUUGGCUGAAAGCCAUUUGUACGUUGUUGUUUUGAUUCAAAAAUUCACUUUCAUCCAUUACUCCAUCAUGUUGUCCUUCCAAUUCUGUUAACUUUUUCAGUAAAUCCACAGACUAGCUUAUAUAACUUAAGAUUACUUCCCACCUUCAGAGGUGGAAAAAUAUAAUUUUUCUUUUAUUUGACUGAACUGAAUUCAAACAUUCAACCUAAUGUUUCCAAAAAAAAUCUCUGAAAUCUUUAAAAGUACCCAAGAUAUUAAGAAAAAUGUCUUUUCAAAUAAAAGUUAAUAAUUGAGGAAGGUGUCAUAAUCUUGGGCCUCGGCAAGUCAUCUGGCAGAAUUUUUGGGGUAUCCGUUCAUCUUGGGGCUCGUUUUUCAUGUUAUUUCCAUAUUUUGUUUACGCCGUGGGCUUAACAAAAUUCACAUGCAGAAGCUUUUUGCUUAUGGAAAGAUGAUUGCUUAUGGAAAAAUCAAAAACAGAAGAAAGUCCUUGAUAAAAAAAAAAAAGAUGAAAAGAAAAACAGACCCAAGGAAAGGAGUACCACUCUGUCAAGAAAAGAAAAAUUCCUUUGUGGAAGUGACUAGUAUUGGCAGAGCUCCACACUGGUGUCCAGAUUUCAAACAAAGAAGUUGCUGUUAAACCAAAAUUUGCCAUACAAAAUAUUUUCAAGGCUAGUACUUUAUGUAAGUACUAGCCUUGAUACAAAAACAUCAACAAUCACCUCAAAUCUUAAUUUUGAAUGCUUUCUGUCAAUUCAUUGUUUUGCUCCUCAGCACAUUCUGUGGUUUUUCCACUUUGGCCGCAGGUUUUGUCUUUGCCUUUGGCAACUUUGCUUAUUAUUGCGUCAUCCUCCUCAAUGCUCCUCUGAGCAAUCAGGAUAAAAAAAACCUUUCUGCAAUGGGUUACUUUUCCCGGGAAAUCUUGAUUCAUCAUCAUUGACACCAGAAGGUCUGGUUGUCCCAUUGGUUUGCAGUUUCAGGAGGCAAGAUAAUCUCCUGGCAUGGCAUGAGUUGUUUGCAAACCUUUAUGAGCUAAAAUCUCGCAUUUGAUUUUGGAAGGAAUACAACUACUUUGAGCAAAUUUAUAGGGUAUAUAGAUGCAGAUGCAGCACCCAUCAUGUCCUGAAUUUUCUCAACAAGAAUGUCUUCCCUCCAGCCGUUUGUCUGGACAGACAUUACAUAGUGGAAGGAGUGGUCUUUGAAGAUACUGAAACAAAAACAGGCACAUCACUUUGCAGAUAGAUACUCGAGCAAAAAUUCAGAUGACUUGUAAAGAAAAUAAAUUUCGCCAAAACAUUCCAAGAAUAAUGAAAAACGAAAGUGUGUCAGAAAAUUUUAGAUAUUUGAAGUAUUUGUCCCAUGUUGUCCAUUUAUGUAACACACCUUGCAUAUUUUCAGCUACUCCAACUUUAGACACCAAUAUCUAGACAACCAAUCGGAAUAUCAAAAAAGCUUGACACACUUUUGUUGAUUGAUGCCUUGUGAAUAAGACUCUGCAGCCAUUUUACUCAUGCUGCGGCAUCCAAAUACCAAAUAAAUUCAAUAUAAGAACCUGUGGUUGUUUCAUGCUUUACUGGCUCCUGACUCUUGCUCAAAAGAAAAGUCACCUAAAUUAUAUUUUUAUCAUAAUCUGCAGUUAUCUGCAAGCUUUCUUCUGCGUACAAUUUUUUUUUCCCCAAAGGACACCUGCGAAGGUGGGAAGUAACUUUAAACUAUUUCUAUAAUGUAAAGGUUUCAUAUAUACACCUUUUUGACUCGCAAAAAGUACACUUGAACCUUCACCUUAUUUUCGUUGAAGAAAGGAAAGACAAACGCUGCACCUUGAGCUAUGGUUGUGGGCUCUUAAAUUCUGAUUACAAUCAAUGGUUGUGCUUUAAGCAAAAUUAAAUUAUUUUAUGCUUUUGAAGAAGGUAAUUAAAAAAUGACGCUAUCUCUUGGUAUUGAUCCAGUGACCUCUUGCUUAAGAGGAGAAGCACUGUCCAUUGCACCAAUUUUGCUGAGCAUACUUGAAGAUUUCCCUGUGCCUUGUGUGUGUGAACCACAAAAAUGAAAUAUGACCUUUCUUAAUCAAAGCUAAAACUCUAAUGUGAAUACACAUCAGUAGCCUUGACAUCUCACCCUUUCAUAAUUCAUUUUCUGAUUGUAGUGAUAGCCACUGCUAUCUCUGUUAUUUUCUAAACCACUCAAGUACUUCUUUUAGAUUGAACAUCAAGCUGAUGAUGCUAGUCUGUUAUUGGUCAACACAUUUCUUUAAAUCUUCCUUUUAAGUCUGAAAGGAUUUUUUGUGCUUCAGAAACAUUGUUGAUGUUUUUUAUUAUUAUCCAGACAUCUGUAACUCCUCCUCCAAAGACCACUGCUUAUAGUACUGAAAUGAAGGAAACAUUCAAUGUAACAAUGAAAGUUGGAAUUGAAGGUAAUUUCCUGAUAAGGGUAAUGGUUUGAAAUCUUGGAAAGAAGGUUUUAUCACUGUACGAAUAAGUGGAUGCAAUUGGCUCUCAAGAACUCAAAUCUGUGAAGAAAAUAAAAACAAGAAUUUGAGUUUUUGAGAUGCAUGGAGUUGAAAGCAAGUGUUGAGAAUUAAGAGCAAAAUGAUGUUUGUUGUAUCCCUCCAAUAUAUACAUGACCAGGGUAUGUUUUCAUAAAAUUUUUAAUCAAGUUGUGAAACAAAAAUGAGUUUAGAAGAAGGAGUUAAGUAUAAAAGCUUUAACCCUUCACACCCAAACAUGCAUAUUCUCCAUUUUAUAACUUCUUGAUACAUUUCCUAAGAUGGUGAUGAGGAGAACUUGUUUAACAAUCAAAAGUCCUUUACAUGUAGUUGGUGAUCUUUUUCUUUAUUCUCGAGACACCUUACUGUGUGAUCCAGGGCUUGUAUGGUAAGGAGAAAUUAGAUACUAAACACUCUUAUGGGUCAAAAGGUUGAGAACAGAGUGCAUAGAGGUUAAAUUUAUCAAGAAAUAUUUGAAUUUAUAAAAAAGGUGAUGAAUUAUGGUGAUAAUCUUCACUUCUGGGAUGAAAGUUGUGAAAUUAUUUGUUUCUUUCUAGCCUCAGGAACAUCCCUUCCAAAGAAAUUGGAAAGAGAAUUGUAUGGUGACAAUCACACCACAUAUCCAUCCCUGGUUAUAGCUCUUGGAUUCGGUCUUUUGUUCCUUUGUGCUGCUGUUGUUUUGAUCGGUCGUCCUUGGUGGUUUGCAUUCCACAGACCAAGAUAUUCCAAGGUGGAUUAUCUAAUGAAUGGACUCUGAAGCUCCCAUGUAGUUGUUAUGUAAAUAUUGUGAUCCACUUUGCCUGUGGCUGUUCAGUAGUAAAAGUCAGGGUGACAGUGGACAAAAGUGUUGAAAUAAAAAUACAAGGGAAUGCCUCUAUAUUGUUCUUGUCACACUUUGAUGUCUCUUUUUAAUUAAUACCAAGGAGGGGUACAGCAAAAUGGAGUAUAAUUUUUUGAGAUGUACUAAUAGAGAGGGCAAGGUUUUGGCAAUGAUGACAUCAUUAAUGGUUGUCUUUGGAAAAGUGUUUAUCAUAGGGAUGAGAACUUAUAAAAAUGUGUGAAUUUGCAUAGUUUAGAGUAUUAUAUAAAGAGUAAUAUUUUGUGAGAUAUUGGAUGACCAUUCUCAACUUGUCACAACAAUCUGCAAUUUUUUUUAACAGGUAAUGUUGUGGUGGGGUGAUAUAGAAUGCAUGUGUAUAUAUAGCUGUACCAGCUAUUAAAACUAGCCAUUUUAUGAAAGCCAUUCAUAUUUAUCAAAGAAAAGAGCAUCCUAAUUAUCAUAGUACUAAGUAUACCUAUUUACUUUAUGUCUAAGCUGUUAAAAAAUGCAUGUAUGGAAGGUUUGGCAAUGGUGAGAUAAUUUUUUAACAAAUUCAUGUAACCAAAGUCCUUAUCAAAACUUGUCAUCAUUGUCAUUUAUUGUUGAUGUUGCUUUGAUGAAAUAUAUGUCUCUUCAAUCUAGGCCAUUUAGAGACAUAUCAGGGUGAAUUUCUUAGGAGUGCAAUGCUGUUUCUAGUUUUCUUCCUAGAGAUAUACAAGUUGUGAACAUACAAAAACUAGAGAUUUGUUGAUGUCAUACACUCAAUCAAAUUUUUCUGUGAAAAUGAAGUACACAUCUAAACUAAUUUAUAACUGUAGGAUUUUACAAUCAGAACAACAGUUUGUGUCACUAGUGAGUAUAUUGGAGGAUGAAAUUUUGAUCGUAGUAGCUUUACAAGUCCUAAAUGGACUAUUUGAAUAGGGUAAUUAGACAGUUUCAAUUUUUAUUGGAAGUCUUCAUUCUUGAUUUUCUUUAUGUGGGAGGUGAUUAAGCUUGUCUUAUAAACCAUAGACAAAAGAGGAAAACACCUUUUUGAUUUUGUUAAGGAUUUGAUUUUAGUAUUGAGUGGCACUAGUGUGUAUACCUUAAAAUCUUUUGUUGCAGUCACUGUGAUAGGUAUUACAUCAGGGGUUACAUAUAUCUAAAAAUUACAUAUUACUUACUAUAAUUGUUGGCUUACUUAUUGCAACCAUGAAAUGGGGAAAGGUAUGGAGGCUAAUUAUUAUUAAGGUUGAUUCAAUCAUUUUCCUCGGUAAAACAUGUGGGACUUAAAAAUGCUGAUUAAUAAUGCAUCCAUUUGAUUCCCCAAACAGUGAGGAUGAAAGGUAAAUCCUAAACUUUGGGUAAAAGUGACAUUACUAUGUUGCGAGGCAAGAGCAGUUCUAAGUUGGUAAAUUUGCUUAAGGUGAUAUUAAUAAAGUUAUGUUCUCAUAAAAGUAGCUACCUUCAGCACACUCCCAAUUAAUAAACACAUUUAUGUUGCUUUGGAUCAGUUGCAUAUGAAGUCAUUUGGCCAGUCAUAAAUAUGCUACAUUUAUACAUACACACCUAUUAAACAUGUAGUUUUGCAAUCUAUAUUUACCUACCUUGUUCGUGAGUGAAAAUAUGAAAUGAGUGAGUUUGGGUGGAAUAUUUCCUUUACAAAUAGAUAGGGGAGAUAAAAGUGAUGAUUUUUGUUCAGCUGAGAGGUACAUAUUAUUUUGUAAUCAUGGGGU